AUGAAAAAAUGGAUUCCCGUUGAGACCUACCCCAUCUUCGGUGUCGUUGGUGUCGCCGUAGUCGGAGCUUCUUACUACCUUUACAGACUUUCUCAAGGUCCUGAGGUAGUUUGGGACCGAAAAGGUGACUGGAGACCCUGGGACAAAAUCACCCAUGACACCAACCAAAAACUCAUCACCGUUAACCCUGAAUUCUGGGAGAAACGACGACAAUACGUCAAGGAAAACCAACGAGCUGUUGACAAGAUCUAA